UCAACCUCGACCAUGUCGUCUCAGGCUCACAGAUCUGCUAGAGUGUUUAUUGUGGGUAUAGGAUGUACUGCAUUCAUCAAGCCGAGGGGAUUGAGAACUACGGAAGAUAUGGGCCUUGAAGCAGCAACGAAGGCAUUGCUGGACGUUGGCGUUACCUAUGACUCCGUAGAGGCUGCUUAUGUCGGUUUUUGUUACGGUGAUUCUACGAGUGGUCAACGUGCGCUGUACAACCUAGGUCUGACUGGUAUCCCAAUAACCAACGUGAACAAUAACUGCUCCACGGGUUCCACUGCGCUCUACAACGCAGCUAACUUGAUCCGCGGUUCGCAAGCGGAUUGCGUUCUGGCGCUUGGUUUCGAGAGGAUGUCUCCUGGGUCUUUGAGCACCAACUGGAAAGACCGUACUCCUCCCAUGGAGCCGUUCCAGAUGGCUACUGAGGUGGCCGAGGAGAGCCUCGGAAAGAACCACGGUCCCCGACCGCCCCGCAUGUUUGCAAAUGGUGCCGUUGAAUAUUUCAAAAAGUAUGGCGGCGGUGUCGAACACUUGGCGAAGAUAGCUGCGAAAAAUCAUAAACAUUCCACGAGAAAUCCUUAUUCUCAGUUUAGGGAUGGGUGGAGUGUUGAACAGAUUUUGAACGCGCCGAAGAUUACGAAUGAAUUGACUAAGUUCAUGUGCAGCCCGACCAGUGACGGAGCUGCUUGUUGCAUUGUCGCCUCGGAAGCGUUUGUUCAUGCUCAUGGGCUCGAAAACCAAGCUAUUGAAAUCAUAGGUCAACAACUGUCGACAGACUUCCCGUCAACUUUCGACAGUAAAAGUGCUAUGGAACUUGUAGGUUCCUCAAUGACUAAAGACGCUGCGGACAAGGCAUUCGCGCAAGCUGGAUUCAAACAAGGCCAGGGCCGCGACCAAGUUGGUGUUGUAGAACUCCAUGACUGCUUCGCUGCUAAUGAACUCAUUACUUACCCUGCACUGGGUCUUUGUGCUGUCGAUGAAGCACACAAAAUGGUCGACAGAGGAGAUAAUACAUAUGGGGGAAAGUAUGUCAUCAAUCCCAGCGGGGGUCUUGAGGCCAAGGGUCACCCAUUAGGUGCUACAGGACUAGGAAUGCAUUUCUACAUCACUGCUCAACUCAGAAACUGGGCGGGACCGAUGCAAGCUCCAGGUCUGUUCGACAUUUCCGACAAGCGUGGCAAGUUAGGUCUCAUACAUAACAUCGGCCUUGGUGGUGCAUGUGUUGUGAGCGUUCUGCGUAGACCUGAGUUCUACAAAGAAGGCGGAAAAGAUGGAAGAGAUAGACUCGGGUAUAAUCAUGCACAUGAGUGCCGGUCAAUUACGAUGGCAGAAGUCAACAAAGUGAAAUCUAAGAAGAGUUCAGAUUGGUUCCUUUCUCUGGCUAAGUUGUGAGGAGGAUAAUGAUGCAUAACGCCAGUUGGAAGCGAAAGCAUCUUCGUCUUCGGGUCCACGUUUUCUUACGACAAAUCAACAUUGUGUCUUCUAUGGUUGUAGUUAUGUACCAUUAGCGAUCUACUAUCAUUUGCUUGGCUGUGCUCUUACCAAUUUAUUUCAA